UAUGUCACGAAGAGAUACUUUACAUGACAUCGUCAGCAUUAAGAUUCUAAAGGUUUUGUGUAAAAGAAAGAAUCCACGAUUUAACUGACUUUACAAAACGCACAAAGCAGGUACCACCUAAGGCACUAGUUAACAAUUAACGAGGAGGUCAAAACGAAAUAUAGAAGUUCUGACCCCUAAGUUGUUUGCAUCAUACUAUCUUAAAACAACCCUCAUUUCGAAUACAAAUAGUGAAAUAAAUAUUCCCACCAUAUGCACAAAUGCAUUCAUUGGACAGAUAUUUUCGCUCUCCCCUUGGGAAUAGAGAUGUUACCGAUGAGAUGAGAUAUGAAUGGCUGCGCAUAAAGUCAUUUUCCACAUUUCCUCUGAAUUCCUCUCAAAGUUCUGUCCGACUUGCUCGUUCUGGAUUUUAUUUCACGGGAAAAAACCAAGAAUGUGUCUGUUUUUCAUGUGGAUUACAUCAUUCAAAUUGGACAAGAGAAAACAUUACAGAGUUACAUAAAAAGUUGUCACCAAGCUGUCGUCAUGUGCAUGGAAAGGAGGAUACAAAUGUUCCAGUUGGAUCAAGUGAAAGUAACCAUACUAAUCACUUGUAUUCCGAAUCUAUCUGUUCUGGAGUAAACAAUAAACAUGCUGCGCCACAUGCACAGCAGAUAUCGGGAAAACCCCUAAAGCAGCCAUCGGGAGGUUAUAGUCCAUAUGCACAAAAUAAUCCCAGUCUUUCAGGUCUUUUUCAGCCAUGCACUCCACAGCCUAAUCACUUGAAAGAAGCUUUAGAACCUCUUGGCAUUGUUGUUGACAGGCCAAAAUAUCCAAGCUACUCCGUACUGGCGACGAGGAUCAGCAGUUUUCAGCAAUGGCCGUCGCAUUUGACACAAACACCAAGGGACCUUAGUCUUGCAGGAUUCUUUUAUGCUGGAUACGGUGACUAUGUUCGAUGUUUCUUUUGUGGAGGAGGGCUGCGCAAUUGGGAGCCAGGCGAUGAUGCUUGGGUAGAACAUGCUAGAUGGUUUCCUAAAUGUCCUUUCUUGAUUCAAAAUCGAGGACAGGAUUUUGUGAAUCUGAUACAGCGCGUUCAGGCCGAAGGCUUGGAAGAUAUUUCCUCUCAAGAACAAAAAGAAGCGCAUGCAGAUAUUGAACAACUUCCAGCUGCCCAAGAAAUUCUUCAGAUGGGAUACACGUGGAUUACGAUCAAGGAAACUUACAGAAAACUGCAUAAGAAUGUGACAGACGUGACAGCUGCAGAGUUGAUAGAAGAAAUUCUGGUGAACAGCUCCUCAACGUCUGCCUAUGAUCCAGAAAUGAGUUAUCCGAAUAAAGAAGGCUCUAUCCCACAGCCUUCUGCGUACAGUAGAAAUGAGACAAGCCAAACUAGUAAUUCACCAUCAACCAUCGGGCUAUCUGAGGAAGUUGGAGCUAUGACUUUGAAUGAAGACACUCAGACUUUGAUUGAAGAAAAUCGAAGACUUAAAGAACAAAGACUUUGCAGGAUUUGCAUGGAGGAGGACGUUGCAAUUGCCUUUCUGCCAUGUGGUCAUUUGUGUUGUUGUACCCACUGCUCACCCGCGAUGCGCAAAUGUCCAAUGUGCAGAGCAUUCAUUAAAGGCACCGUGAAGACAUAUCCAGCUUAAAUGAUUUAUACUAUAAAUAGAUUUUUAAAGAAAUUCAUUUUAGGUUCCUCUCGUGUGUUGACAUAAAGUAUUACAGCAAUGGUCCAUGAAGAUAUACUCUUUGAAAAAUAACAGGACAGUUAUUUUGUAUAUAGAAUUGUUGAUUUAAAAGUAAUUUCUAACUACUGUCCAUUUGUUUAUAUGAAACAUCAUAAUCAUUUUUUUUUUUU